UUUAGAUAAACAGUAAAGAAUAAAGACAGGCGAUGUUAGUAAUAACGUUAAUAUGAUGUAUUUUUUAGCCUGUGUGUGAUUGUACGCGAAGACGCUGUGCGCGAGGCAGCGACGUGAGGAUUUGUAGUUUUUGUGGCGCAGCGCCGUCACGCGAGCGGACGCAGGCUCGCGCUUAGAGAACUACAGUUACCCACAAUGCAACGCGCUGAAAUGAAAACACGUCAACGAGCCAGUGAACGUUGAGCGGAUCGGACCAAACGUCCCAAACAAGGAAAUGGUGGGGGGAAAAAUAACAACGGUCCGAUUAUUUAAUUAAUGCGUUUCAUAAUUAAUAUCACGCUGAAGUGUCAAUUAAGGGAAUAUUUAUGGGUUAAACAAACAUGGAUUACGACUUCAAAACGAAGCUGGCGGCCGAAAGGGAGAGAGUGGAGGAUCUGUUCGAAUAUGAAGGGUGCAAAGUGGGUCGUGGGACCUACGGGCAUGUUUAUAAAGCCAAGCGCAAGGAUGGGAAGGACGAGAAGGAGUACGCUCUCAAACAGAUCGAAGGCACCGGCAUCUCCAUGUCUGCUUGCAGAGAGAUCGCGUUGCUGAGGGAGCUGAAGCACCCAAAUGUCAUCACACUACAGAAAGUGUUUUUGUCACACAGCGAUAGGAAAGUGUGGCUGCUUUUUGACUAUGCAGAGCAUGAUUUAUGGCACAUCAUAAAGUUCCACCGGGCCUCAAAGGCCAAUAAGAAGCCGAUGCAGCUGCCGAGAGGAAUGGUGAAGUCUCUGCUCUACCAGAUCCUGGACGGCAUCCACUACCUCCACGCCAACUGGGUCCUGCACCGAGACCUGAAACCUGCCAAUAUCCUGGUGAUGGGGGAGGGUCCUGAACGGGGGAGGGUCAAAAUCGCGGACAUGGGCUUUGCCCGUCUCUUCAAUUCUCCACUGAAGCCGUUGGCUGAUCUGGAUCCAGUUGUGGUCACCUUCUGGUACCGAGCACCUGAACUGCUGCUGGGAGCUCGACACUACACCAAAGCAAUCGAUAUCUGGGCGAUCGGCUGCAUCUUCGCGGAGCUGCUCACAUCCGAGCCGAUAUUUCACUGCCGUCAGGAGGACAUCAAGACCAGCAACCCGUUCCACCACGACCAGCUGGACCGCAUCUUCAGCGUCAUGGGCUUCCCUGCAGAUAAAGACUGGGAGGACAUCCGGAAGAUGCCAGAGUACCCGACCCUGCAGAAAGACUUCAGAAGGACAACCUACGCCAACAGCAGCCUCAUCAAAUACAUGGAGAAGCAUAAAGUAAAACCGGACAGCAAAGUCUUUUUGUUGCUCCAAAAACUUCUCACCAUGGACCCCACCAAACGCAUCACAUCCGAACAGGCACUGCAGGACCCCUAUUUCCUGGAAGACCCUUUACCUACAUCAGAUGUAUUUGCAGGAUGCCAAAUCCCGUACCCCAAACGCGAGUUCCUCAACGAGGACGAACCCGAGGAGAAGACGGAGAAGAACCAGACACAACAGCACCAGCAGACACAGGCGCAGACACAAACACAGGCGCAGCAGGCUCCGUCCCAGCAGAGCUCGGCUCAGACCAACGGCACGUCUGGGGGGGCCACGGGGCCCUCCAUGCAGCACACAGGACAGGAGCAGGGGCCCCCUAACAAGAAGAGCCGCACUACUGGGGCCAACGUGCUCCAGACUGACUACCAGCACUCCAGCUCGCGCCUUGGUUACCAAAGCAACGUCCAAGGCACCACCCAGUCUCAAAGCACUAUGGGAUAUUCAUCCACAUCUCAGCAAAGCUCUCAGUACUCUCACCAGUCUCACCGCUACUGAGGUGCCGAAACCUUUGUCGGCUCACGCUAACACGUGACCGCAAACGCGGGUCCCGCUGCCAUUCCUUAUUAACCUGCUCUAAUACUCACCUUCUUUACAGUUCUACACGUUUCGAUUGAGAUUUGUAUGCUAUUCUUACUAGUGUUGCCAGUACCAGCAGAUAAGAUGUCAUUUCUGAAGCAGCACCUUCAAUUCUCAACUACACAUCCCAGGAGCCUUGGAGCUCAGAUGAACCCUGUGACGAGAAACAACACCAGCGUCCGAACCCUUGGUUAAAAUAAGUACUCGAAAAUGUAGUUCACAUAUCUGUCCUUUAUCCAAAGUGAUAAAAGUUUACCACUGAAGCAGGAUGCAAUCCAAGCAUUUAGCUGAGUAGGUGAGGGUGAAGGACCUUUCUCAAGGGCCUGACUGUGGCUCUCUGGCAGUCCUGGGAUCCACACUGACAAUCGCAUGAAUGUUACUUCGGAACGUUAUUACAGAACAGCCACGAUACCAGUUCAAUAAACCCUACAGUGUCAGGGACCCGGAUCCAGAUCUCAAACUUUUAGUGUCCAUGCAGAAAAGUUAUUUAUAUCUACCAGUCCUAACAAAACCCAUAGUGUUGUUAUGGGUCCAGUGUUGUGAAUCCAUACGGACCCAACUGUCAGUCAAUGACGUUUUUAUGCAAAUCAAGUCCCUAAACCUUACUGUGUCCAUUUAGCGGCAGUCAUCUGAACCAUGAUAAUUCCUUUAGAAACCUUCUAGUCUCUUUGGUCCCCACCCUGGAUUAAGCUCCCAGGCCUCUUGGUUACAUCUAUAACCAAUCCUCAGAAUUCUUCCAUCAAGGAAAUUUUCAUCAAGCCCCUGGGGUUCUAUCAGGAAUCAGUCCCCAAGCCCCUGGGGUUCUACCAAGAAUCAGUCCCAAAGCUCAUGGGUGUCUAUCAAUAAUCAGUCCCCAAGUCUUUGGGUUUUUAUCAUGAAUCAGUGCCCAAAUCUCUUGCAGUCUUUAGAAUCCUUAAUGUCAUUAUGAGUCUACCCCUGGCUUCCAUCCAGAAUCCAGUCCCAGAUCCCUUAGUUUUCUUCAAGAACCCGUCAACAAAACCUUCAGUGUCCUUAAAAAAAUCAUUGGAAACUCUCAAAAUACUUGGAUCCAAUGUUGCUGAAUGUCCAAGCACCUGCAGUAUUCACUGAACACCAAUUCGAAACACUUCGGUCGAAUUUGGAAUUUUUUUAACCUUUAAUUUUUUUUUAUUUAGAACCUUUAGUUUCAGUCUACCAGCAGUCCUCAAGCCCUUCAGUAUCUCUACUGUACCAGAACUGUUACUGUUUCUGAUUCUCAGAACCUUCUGUGUCCAUAUCUAGGUAUUCUGCAAAACCUUCAUAGUAGAGAAUAAGUCAACUGAACCUGCAGUUUCCAAUCCACCAACCUACUGUACAAAUCCUGCCUCGGUUCCAGGCAACUCCUUCACAGUUUUGUUUUCUGCCUGUAACCUGCCCUCUGGGACAGUGUGAGGGCCUAAAAAAGUUUCCAUACAGAAUCAACUCAAAGUAGUCUCAUUCUGCUCUGGUCCCAUGCCCAGUUACACAACUGCAAUAUGGAGACUAACAUAUAAACCAAAUAUCCUUUCCUUACUCUUAUCUGUCUGUCUAUCUGUCAUUUUGCAACACUUCCUAUGUAUUGGUUCUUUCCUGUCCACCCUGUGCAUAUAUAACACCACAUGCACAUAAGACACAGACGAACAAAGAACUUUGAAUAUAGAAGACUGGCGACUGGCCCUCAUCGAAGCCGCGAUUCGUCUUCAUGCAUGUGCAGAGCGCCUUUAUGACUUUUCAACUACAGACCUGAAGGCUUUGACCUUCCUGUUUUUGUCCUUUUGUAAAUAUUGAUUUGUGAUAUUCUGAACACUGCAAAGGAAACCCUUUACUUUUACGAGUCCUUCGUCGAUACCGAUUUCAUUCACGAGGACGAACGGCAGAUUUCAACGACGGCUUGGUUUCUCCCGGAAACUGAAGCAAAACGAAAGGAUAAAAUUUCUUUUUAUUUUUCGACGAAUACAUUAGUGUCUUUUUUUGGCCAUGAUAUAUAAUCAAGUGUAUCAACCCUGCGUGUAAGAGAAACCGUGCUUACUUAACGAAUGUUUAUGUUUUUUGUUACAAUGUCUGAGGCAGCUCCAGUGACUGUUACCUCCUGUUUGAUAUUUUAUAAUUUUGACUUUUUUAUUCUGUUUUUAUCAUUGGUUUUGAAGUUUGCUUGGAUUUGUUUGUUCCUCAACACUUUGGUUGUAGACACGCAUUUGAGGCAGCGCUGUAAAUACAAAACAAAAAAAACCCCAAACAAACUAAAAAAAAAACACUCCAGGUCCUUCAAGCUGGAGGAAAGAGGAGCUAUGUUUUUCCCUUUAAUGCUAGUCUAGGCUCUCUUUCCUCAGUCCGCCAAAUCCUGACCUCAGCUAGGGUAAGACUAAGCAUGGUCUCGAGUCGAGAAGUAACAGGCCAGACCUGAUAAGUGCACUGAAAAUGUUGGAAACACUGACAUCCACUGGGACUUGAGAGAACUGCAUGAUUCCCCAGAGCUGUCAACUCUGUGGCACUUCUGCACUCUGUACUAAUGGACAUCAGGGACAGCUGUGAAGUAGGCGCUGGUCCAUGUAGCUGACCUGAGACCUGCUAAAGACUGUACAAUAAGCAUUUGAUGAGCAAAAGGCACUGAUCUCUUAUCAGGAUGUACUGACCUGAGAGGAUAUGCUCAUUUCACCUAACGUUAGUUUACAGCCUUGAUACUUAAAAGAGAACUUCACUCAAAUAUGCUAACAACGCUAGCUUAAAGCACUUAAAGCCCCCAAAAAGAAAAAAAAAAGUUCUGUUAGUGUUCUACAGAGAGUUAAAGAAUAAACGUUAAAAGUUCCCCAAGAAGGACAACCAAAAACCUUUAUACGUUUAAAAAAAAGGGUUCCUCAGUGGUUGUAUUGGAACCCUUUGUGUUUCAUCGUGUGUUCCGGCAGUGGGACAACUGAAGAACCCAUGAGGGUCAAAAAACCUCUAGUACCCCUUUUCCACCGGAAAGAACGAGGUGCUGGUUCAAAGUUGGUUCCACUGGCGAACCUUCUAAGAACCGGUUUGCCUUUCCAUCGGUUAGAGAGCCGUCACAGAGCCGAGUCUGACGUCACUGUAUACGUGUCACGUUACACAGCAACGUUAGCGCAGCAGCGACAAACACAAACACAACAUCAACAAUGGUGGAUGUUGCUUUACUGUUAAUGCUCAUGGCUUCGUGAACCUAUAUCGGCAUCCAAACGCGGCGAAUCCGACAUGUACGUGCAGCUCCGUGUAAUCUGUAUAAACGUAGGUUGUGAUCGAGAAAGUACUUAACAUUAUUUUAUCAUUAACACAGAAAAAUGUAGCCUUAGCAUGUAGCUACCUACUGUCAUGUGUGCUGAUAACUGAUCAUAUUGCAGUAAAGAAAAAGUGUAUUAAACAUUUGUAUACUUAAGGUACAUUAUCUAACAGUAACCCCGCCCCAGCCACGCCCACAGCCCCUGAAGCAAGCGGUUCUUAAGUCUAGACCAGCAACGUUUUGGUGCUACUUAAGAACCACUUUUCCUGGUUCAGAGCCGGUGCUUUGGCUGUCGAUAAAGUUUCCUCAGGUGGUCUUCUGUUAAGUCUUAUUCGCUGUCUAAAAGGGAUCAGUUUCCAUUGCUGAUCAGUACACUGAUUAGUGGUUUGUAGAACCGUUACCUUUGUUGUUCCACCAGAAAAACGUACUAAAGAUCUCUAAAUUGUUUGAGAUGAAAGAAUAGUGUGUAGCACAGGCAUCAUGACAUCAUCGAAUGAGUAAUCUGGACCAAUCAGAGACAAGCAGGUGUGUCUGCGAGGAAACUUGCUCACACUACAACACAAGAACCCAAACUACCUUGGUUAAUAUUUAUUUUUCAUGUGACACACAAAGACAGACUGACUAUUACGCGUUAGCAUAUUUUGAGUGAAACAUUUCUUUAACACUGAACUAGCUCCAGAACGGCUGUAAUGUUAGUUUCCUGUCAAAAGCAAUCAUGUUAAGCACUUAACAACCCAGUGCCGAGUAACUUCGCGUAAAAUCUAGACAUCGGACGUUCAACCAACUCUCGGAGCUUGUUUCGGCCCCGCCCCCUCGACUCUCUGGAGUUUCGUGUUUGAUAGCUUUGGCACAACACAAACAAUUUACCGUAAAAAAAAAAAAAAGCUAAUUAUAAAGUGGAAUGCAAUGAUUAUUUAUGGCAUAGGAUUACUUUUGACAGGAAAAUAACUUCAAAUUUCACACCCUAGAUGUUUGAGGUGGCUUCCGCAUUUCUUUUCUCUAAAAGUUGACCAGCAGUCCAGCCCAACCCCCGACUUUCUUCUCUACAGCGCAUGGUUUCUUCAGUCCCGUCACGAGUAGAGCAUCAGUUUAGGGUCUCCUUCUGUAAAAUUAAAGCGAGGUGAUCGGUGUAGUGUCAUAGUGUCGUCCUGUCGCCAUCUUUUCUCCUUGUGGGACACUAAACAUUUACGCUUUUCCUAUGCAAACGAAACGCAAACAAAACAAAUACAAAUAAACCCUACCUGAGAAGCUUCCGCUUGUGCCGGAGCCUCAAAUUCAUACCACGGCAACCAACAUCACCGUAUUUCUUACUAUCAAACCUUUUUUUGUUUUUUUUCUUAAACUAAACGGGAUUUGUUUAUACCCGAAAAUUCUGACAUGAAGUCAUCGAGGUUUUUUUGUUUGUUUGUUUUUUUUUUAACUGUAUGCUGUAUUGUUAUAACCUAUUAAGAUCGAUUGUAAAAAAAAAAAAAAAAUGGCAUGUGUAUUAAUUCUACACAAGCCUAUUUAUUAUUGUUACACGUGUACAUACGUAUACAUAUAUUCUAUAUAAAAUAUAUCAAUGUUUAGAUACGUCUCAGGCCUGAAGCCGAGGACGGAUGAGUCUGCUUUACUAGACCAGAUCAACCUUUUCAGGUCCUUUGUACAGGUCUUUAUUUUCCUUCUCCGAUGUAGUCCGAAGGUAUAUUUCCGCUCGCCAUAAGCCUUUAUAUAUUACAGAAUUGUACAUAGGCACUGACUAUAGUAGGCGUGGUGAUUAUUUAUGCACUGAACUCUCCUCAUUUCGCAGAAGGCACCAGUCCUCGUCGUGUCGGGGGGGUUUUACGAAGCUGAAGGAGCUGCGUGGGGUUUGUAGUUUUAAAGGGACUCUGUGCCUGUCAAGCUUAAAAGUGUUCACUAUUAAGUUUGCGAUUAUUUCUUUCAGCUUAAACAUUUCACCAUGUUGACAGUGCCUUUUAUUUAAAAAAAAAAAACAUUGAAAAUAUGUUCCAGUAUUGUUUUUAAACACGGCCUUUUUCUCAAAUGUCCUCGAAUGUGUCGAUUUUGUGGGAAAAAAAAAAAAAAAGUAAUUAAGCGAUUAAGAAAAUGUUAAGGAAAAUUGUGCAUAUUUUUAUUGGCUGAAAUUGUUUAAUUCAGUGGGUUCAAAGUUUUAACUUCAACUUUUAUUAAAGUACAAUUUUUUUUUUGCUCAGGAAAUUUUGUAGGACUUUUUUUUUUUUUAACUUUUUAACUUCGUCAAGUAAAACUCAUGUUGCUACUUUUAUAUUUAAUAAAUAUUUUAACACCGAAACUGUAAUUUUUUUAAUCCUUGAAACCAAAAAGGGAAAAUUUUAUUUACAAAUCUGAAACGCUGAUAUGAAAAUCCUUCGUUCCUGAAGUUUCUGACAAAUUCUAGGUUGAAAAUGUGCAUUUUUCCAUUUACAAUUUUACUUUUUACGGCAUUUGGCCGACGCCCCUCAUAUACGGCGACUUCCAUCUUGUCUCAUUUUAUACAACUGAGCAAAUUUUCUAUCACAUUAAAGAAUCAAUUCAGCCCGAAAUCGUCACACAACUAAGAAUCCGUUGCUUUUAUUGACUUUCUUUCGUCCGGCUUGAAACUUGAACGUUAUUCAUUUGACCUAAGCUCUUUGCAUGGACAGGAAGGAAGUGGACAUGGUGGUGUUUAAAAACAAUACUGGAACUUUUUGCCUUUUCAGAGAUUUUUCAUAUCGGCUUUUUUCUUGGUAUAAUUUUAUUAUUCUGCAUUGAUUAAAACUCGUAAAACUCUCACUGUGUGGAAUUCUGGGAGAUUCACAAUGAAGUCCUGCUAACAUUAACAUCUUUUUUUUAUUUUUAUUAUUAUUAUUAUUUCAUUUUAUUUUUAAACAAUGUCCUGUUUUGUGUGAAUUUGAACUGUACAUAAGAAUUCUUCAUCGGAACAUAACUGUAUGAUAUUUGUCUUUUAAUGCACUGUUAUUGCUAUAAACUAUUUAGUGGUAAAUGAAAAAAACAACAAAAAAAAAGAAUUUCAUGUUUUUUAUUGUCUUGCUUCAGCACUUAAGAUACAGCAGUUCUAUAAAAGCUAGACAGCGCUCUUUUACAGAGUUCUUAUUGUAAAUGUGUAGAAAUAUAAAGUCUCUGAAUGUUGUAUGCAAAUAAGUGGGCGGAGCCUGAAGGCCUCUUUACCCUUUUUACAGAGGAUGCAUGCAUUUAUUCUGUUUUUUUUUUUUUUAAAUAUAUAAAAAAAAUUCUAUUUAAAAACCAACAGCACUUAAAACAUCACAAUCAACACAUUCACAACAGCGGUUCGUUUCUGUCCCAAUUCACAGCUCGGAUCUGUUCAGGAAAACCUGCUAAAUUCAUCCAGCAGAUGAGGAUGUAGACAUUUUCAGACCUAAUAAAGUCUUUCAGGCUUUUAUAUAAAAAGUAAAAACUUCUCUGUACUUUUUUUUUUAUUAUUAUUAUCAUGUUUAUUUUUUGCUUGUUUUAGUUUUUUUUUUCUAAGCACUAACUACAAACCUCAGAUAUUGGGCCACAAAAUGUAUUAUUAUUAUUAUUAUCAUUCUUUUUAUUUAUUUAAAUAAAAAAAAAACAAUCUGCAAAUUAAAUCAAA